UGCUUACAGCCAGUGUCCUGGUACACUCAGCCCCUCUUGUUAAAUGAAGAAAGCGAACUAUAGCAUAUACCUGCAUUUCUGUGAAGUAUGGAAUAUUCUGAGCCCAUUGAUCAAGAUUUUUAUCAGUCUAAUUUUAACACCGAUGAAGGACAAGACAUGUAUAACUAUGGUAUCUCCAGUCAUCCUUAUCACAGCAACAUUUCCCCACCAGAAGAUUUAAUGUUUCCUGAACAGCCUUAUCUGGGUCAGAUUUUACAUCCUUUGAGUGUCACAAGCUCUCUUCAUUCAGACCCAAAUAGCUUUGAUGAUGAACCCCCAUUACUGGAAGAGCUGGGUAUUAACUUCCAGCAUAUACAGCAAAAAACCUUGACAGUACUAAAUCCAUUGAAGCAGACAGAUGGAAGCAUUAUGAAUGAGACAGAUCUAACAGGACCAGUGGUGUUUUGUUUGGCAUUAGGAACAACAUUGCUACUCGCUGGAAAAGUUCACUUUGGUUAUGUUUAUGGAAUUAGCGCUCUUGGAUGCCUUGGGAUGUACAUGUUGUUAAACCUGAUGAGCAGAAUUGAAGUGUCAUGUGGCUGCGUGGCCAGUGUGCUUGGAUAUUGUCUUCUUCCUAUGGUCAGCCUAUCUAGUUUUGCUGUGUUCUUCUCUUUGCAAAGCAUCUUUGGAAUUGUUUUGGCUGUCAUAGUUAUCGGAUGGUGCAGCCUCUCAGCUUCAAAGAUAUUUGUGGCUACACUAGCCAUGGAUGGUCAACAGCUUCUAAUCGCUUAUCCUUGUGCUUUGCUCUAUGGUGUAUUUGCACUUCUUACAGUUUUUUAACUUUAGAACCAUUCAUUUAUAACAUCUUCCAAGAAGAUUGAAGGACUGUGACAGCUAUGUUCUUUACAGUUCAAUAAAUAUUACAGCCAAUUAA